GCAAUUAUGUACGAAAUGUUGCGAAUUUACACUUUUAUGUUUCAUCAAGUUGUAAAGGAACUUUCCCUCACCUUCGAAACCAUUUGGACGCAGCUUGAUAAUAAAAGAAGACGCCAAAAUGGUAUAAUUGUAUGUAAUUUUCCAGAGCUAUGUGAGGAAUGGGCGCUUGCAGAGUGCGAAGGCGAGGGGUGGUGGCGCGAGGCACGCGGGGCAGGAGAACAGGGCGAGGUGCGGUACGCGGGCGUCGUGCCCGUUGAGCGUGCAGCCUCCGCUCCAGCCACUGCGCUCGCUGUGCGCUCAGCUUUACAUACUAUUAAAUCGUCGAACAAAAAACUUCAACGAGUGACUUUAGAUAUAAGUGCGAAAGGAAUUUUGGUGAUAGACGUCGACUCGCAGCAGAAUGUUCUUAGUGUGUCAAUAUACAGAAUAUCAUACUGCUCAGCGGACGCGGCUAACGCGCGUGUUUUUGCUGUGGUAGAAGGGAAAAAGGAGAGUGGGUCGGAGGAGAACCACGUGGUGCAUGUGUUUGUAUGCGCUAGGGCCAAGCGGGCGAGGGCGCUCGCGUUGUCACUCGCUCAUGCUUUUAAUGAUGCAUACCAGGCAUGGCAAGCUACCCAAGCGAGUUCUCUCCAAGCUAAUAGCAAAAAACUAGCACCAUGGGUUCGUUUUCCUGACGAGUCAGACGAAGAAGCGGACAACGAACAAUGGCAGUCUCCUGCUCCUCUUGUCACUUUUGCCUGACCUUAAUAUAAAAACGUUAAAUAUAUUAUUUUUAAGUUGUAGAAAUUAUGUAAGAAAUACGGCCAUGUUUUCAAAGUUAUUUCAUAAUAAGGUGCUUUAUUUUUUAAACUAUAGGUAGGUAUAAGUUUUAUUUUAGUUAUAAUUGGUCACAAAUUAGUGAACUUAUAUUACUUUAUGUACUUCUUAUAUCUCACCUUUGAAGUACUUUAUGGGAGAUAAAAGACUUUAUCGAUAAUUACAUACUUUUAGAUAUACAGGGUGAUGUGUCCGAUUUUUUAUUGGAAUUGUAUUACGUACUAAUAAAAUCAAUAAAAGCGUUUUUUAUUUCUUUAAUAUUUUAGUUUUACGAUGUAAAUAUAUUCGAUUACAUUUAAUUAAGCAAAUUGAUUAUAAAGUUAAUACACUAACAAUGAUAGACAUUAAUAUAUUUCGAUUUCUAAUUAUUUUUUUUUAUUACAUAUUUAAAAAGAUAAGUUAUAAUUGUAAAAGUUAUAGUUAAUGACACAAUAAACAUUAAAAAUUAAAAUAUAUUG